ACAUGCAAUGCAACAUCAAGAAGGCUGCUUUAUUGCUCUUUUUCUUUAGGAGAGAGCGAGAGAGUUAAUGCUGCACUCUUUCUUUCCUCCUCCUCCUUGCACUCUCUCUCUCUCUCUCUCUCUGCUGUGUGUGUUUUUUUCCUCCUUGCUGGACAGAGCAGCAGCAGCAGCAGCAGCAGCAGCGGAGGCAGCGGAGGCAGCGGCAGUGCACCAGCAGUGAUAGUGGGAGCUCUGGUCCUCUCUCUCCCAGAAGAUGCUCAACAACCUAACCGACUGCGAGGAGGGGGAUGGGGGCACCAACAGCCAGGGAGAUGGAAACCCCAAAGAGAGCAGCCCUUUUAUCAACAGCAGUAGCAGCAUUGACAUUGAGAAGAGCCAGCAGUAUGAUGGCAAGCACAUGGCCCUGUUUGAGGAGGAGAUGGACACGAGUCCCAUGGUGUCCUCUUUACUCAGCAGCCUUGCCAACUACUCCAACCUGACGCAGGGCAGCAAGGAGCAUGAGGAGGCUGAGAAUAAUGAAGAGGCCCGCAAGAAAGCAGUGCAGGCUCCUCGUAUGGGCACGGUGAUGGGUGUCUAUCUGCCGUGCAUGCAGAACAUCCUGGGGGUGAUUCUCUUCCUCAGGAUGACAUGGCUGGUGGGCAUCGGAGGCGUCCUGGGCACCUUCCUCUUCGUCUUCAUGUGCUGCUCAACGACUAUGCUGACUGCCAUUUCAAUGAGUGCAAUUGCUACAAAUGGAGUAGUGCCAGCUGGUGGUUCAUACUAUAUGAUCUCCCGCUCACUGGGGCCGGAGUUUGGCGGAGCAGUGGGCAUCUGUUUCUACCUGGGAACCACUUUCGCUGGAGCCAUGUAUAUUCUAGGCUGCAUUGAGAUUCUCCUGAUCUACAUUGCUCCACAAGCGGCUAUAUUUCAGAUCGAAGGUCUGGAUGGACCUGAAGCCGAAGCUGCAAUGCUCAAUAACAUGCGUGUGUAUGGCAGCAUCGUUCUCUCCUUCAUGUCUGUGGUGGUGUUUGUCGGCGUGAAGUAUGUCAACAAGCUGGCGCUGGUUUUCCUCGCCUGCGUCAUCCUCUCCAUUCUGGCUGUUUAUGCUGGUGUCAUCAAAAGCGCCUUCGACCCGCCAGACUUCCCGAUAUGUGUGCUUGGUAAUCGGACUCUGGUGUCUAAGGGCUUUGAUAUCUGUGCAAAAACCAUCGAGACGGGCAAUGGCACAGUUACCACCAAACUCUGGAAACUGUUCUGUGACUCUGAGUUCCUCAACGCCACCUGUGACGAAUAUUUCACCAACAACAAUGUUUCUCAGGUGCAGGGCAUUCCCGGCAUCACCAGCGGCAUCCUGGCAGAGAAUCUCUUCGGCACGUUCAUGCAGAAGAAUGACAUCUUAGAGAAGCGAGGUAUUCCUGCCGUGGUUGACCCCGACACCCCAAUAACCAACACUAACCGCUACGUGUUAGCCGACAUCACCAGCUUCUUCACCCUGCUGGUGGGCAUCUAUUUCCCCUCUGUCACAGGUAUCAUGGCUGGCUCCAACCGCUCUGGUGACCUGAGGGACGCUCAGAAGUCCAUCCCCAUUGGCACCAUCCUGGCUAUCUCCACCACCUCCACCAUAUACAUGUCCUGUGUGGUUCUGUUUGGGGCCUGUGUAGAGGGAGUAGUGCUGAGAGACAAGUUUGGUGAGGGUGUCAGUGGGAACCUGGUCAUUGGUACACUGGCUUGGCCCUCCCCUUGGGUCAUCGUGUUUGGUUCAUUCUUCUCCACCUGCGGGGCGGGGCUUCAGAGUUUGACAGGAGCACCUCGUCUCUUACAGGCCAUCGCACGAGACGGGAUUAUCCCCUUCCUCAGGGUGUUCGGUCACGGGAAGGCUAAUGGUGAGCCCACAUGGGCUCUACUUCUGACAGCCACCAUAUGUGAGAUUGGUAUCCUUAUUGCCUCUCUGGAUGCUGUCGCACCCAUCCUCUCUAUGUUUUUCUUGAUGUGCUACAUGUUCGUGAACCUGGCCUGUGCUCUACAGACGCUCCUCAGAACGCCAAACUGGAGGCCACGCUUCAAAUUCUACCACUGGACUCUGUCCUUUCUGGGUAUGAGCUUGUGUCUCUCCCUGAUGUUCAUCUGCUCUUGGUACUAUGCCAUCGUGGCCAUGGGCAUUGCAGGCUGCAUCUACAAAUACAUCGAGUUCUGUGGGGCGGAGAAAGAGUGGGGCGAUGGGAUACGCGGCAUCUCUCUCAGCGCUGCCCGUUACGCUCUGAUGAGGCUGGAAGAAGGACCGCCUCACACCAAAAAUUGGAGGCCUCAGAUCAUGGUGCUGGUUGGUUUAGAUGGCGAGCAGAAUGUGGAACAGCCACGCCUCCUCUCACUGACCAAUCAGCUGAAGGCAGGCAAAGGCUUGACCAUCGUGGGUGCUUGUGUUGAGGGCACAUACCUUAACAACCACACACAAGCACAGAAAGUUGAACAGUCCCUGAGGAAGCUGAUGGAGACAGAGAGGGUGAAGGGCUUCAGUCAGGUGGUGAUCUCAUCCAACCUGCGUGAUGCCACCUCUCAUCUGAUCCAAGCCGGAGGACUCGGUGGCUUACGCCACAACACUGUGGUCAUCAGCUUCCCGAAGAACUGGAAGCAGCACGAGGACAACCGGCAGCUAAGGAAUUUCAUUGAGGUUGUGAGGGAGACCACAGCGGCUCACUUGGCUCUUCUGGUGCCAAAGAACAUCGCUGCGUAUCCGUCCAAUGGCGAGCGCUUCACUGAGGGCCACAUCGACGUCUGGUGGAUUGUCCAUGAUGGAGGAAUGCUUAUGCUCCUGCCGUUCUUGCUGCGCCAGCACAAGGUUUGGAGGAAGUGCAAAAUGCGCAUCUUUACCGUGGCUCAGAUGGAUGACAACAGCAUUCAGAUGAAGAAGGACCUGAUGACCUUCCUCUAUCACCUGCGACUCGAUGCUGAGGUGGAGGUGGUGGAGAUGCAUGACAGUGAUAUCUCAGCUUACACCUAUGAGAAGACUCUGGUAAUGGAACAGAGGUCACAGAUCCUUAAAGAGAUGCACCUUACCAAGAACGAGUGGGAGAGAGAGAUUCAGAGCAUCACAGACGUGUCCCGUGGCUCCAUCCGCAGGAAGAACCCAUCUAACCCACAUCCACAGAAGAACAUCAGUGAGGAGCCUGCAGGGGGCAGUACUGAGGAGAAACCAGAGGAAGAGGUACAGCUCAUCCAAGGUAAGAAUGCCACGCCCACCCCGACAAGCCCCAUCUCCCUGACUCCUGCGGACAAAGGGGCCAUGAGCCCCAGUGAGGAGGUGCAAAUGACCUGGAGCGAUGACUUAGACAAGUCCAAGAAUCCAUCCGUGGCCAAUCCGGAGACUACUAAAGACAUGUUUAACAUUAAACCGGAAUGGGAAAACCUGAACCAGUUCAAUGUGAGGCGCAUGCACCAUGCGCAAAAGCUUAAUGAAGUGAUUGUGAAAAAGUCACAAGACGCAAAGCUAGUCCUGCUAAACAUGCCUGGGCCUCCCAGAAACCGCACAGGAGAAGAGAACUACAUGGAGUUCCUUGAGGUCCUGACUGAGGGUCUCAAUCGAGUCCUCCUUGUGCGUGGCGGUGGACGUGAGGUCAUCACCAUCUACUCUUAAUGGACAAACACAUCCUCCUUCUGAAGUCUCUCUCAUGCCAUGUUGCUCAUUCAUAGACUGAACAUCCUAGCAUUCCCAGACUCUGCCAUGAGCAGUAGAGCCCCAGCACAUAUCAGACUACUUUGCACUACAUAAUCAGAGACCUCCUUAUUACACCAGCUUAACCAUCACUCUAGCUCGGCAUUAUUCUCUCUAUUCAUUACGUUUUCUCUCAUCUUAAUUUAACGAACUGCAAACUCCCAACCAUUUGUACUGGUUUUCGAAAGUGCAAGCAUUGCACAGAUAGGUAGUUGACUCUCAGAAGACUGAUAUCCCAAAGGUAGACUCAGCCAAACACCCUGAUUUUACUGAUACUGUAAAGCUGAGGAAAAACAGGUUUAAUUAUCAGUUUAUGAAAAUGUCUUCCAGUGUAUCGUCGUAUGGCCAGAGAAGCACUUUGAAUCAAAACCACAGAAUGUGUGUAUGUGUGUGUUUCCUCGGCUUGACUGCUUGGAGAGCCAAACCUUGUAGCUGUCCAUGUGUCCACGCCAUGGACAUAUCUGAAUAUAGAAAAGUGAUGGUGGUGAGAUGCGUAUGUGUGUGUAAGGAGUAGUUGCUUAUAAUAUAUUGAAGCAUAAAAAAAAAAAAAUAAAAAAAAACAAGACGGUGAGCUUCUUGGAAACUUGAUAAGACCACGAAGGCAGUUUUAUAUUUUGCGAUAUAUAUGAGGUAAUAUAUAUGAGAUAAUAUGUGAAUGAUACCGAUACGCAUCAGCAUAUCGCACAGAGAUAUGUACAUAUUGUAGUAUAGAUAUAUUAUAAAUAUUAUUGGUAAAAAAGAAAGUACUAUGUGAAAGCUUUAUCAAUGAAAAUUAUAUACAGCAUACAGCGUUUAAAAAAAGCAGAAAAUAUUCUAAAGAAAUAUAAAAUGUUAAACUCUAUGUAUAUUGUGAAUAUUUAUCUACACAAAAGAUUAUGACAUCAUCAGCAAUUUUGAAUGACUACCAUGAUGAUCACCAGCUUCUGCCAAACACUGAAAUGUGCAAUGUGUGCCAUAUGGACAAAAAAAACACCAUAAAUAGGACCUUUCUCUUUAAACAUAAAUAGGUGAAGAAGGAACACUGAUUAUAUUCCUAUAAUAAGCUAACGAGGCACUUUCCCUGGCCUUCAUUCAUUUUAUAUUGUUUAAAUAAUGCACCAAACAUAUUCUCACAAAACCUAAUCACACUGUACAGUGACACUCUCUAUUUUUCAAAGCGUUGUGUUACAUUAGUCAAAUAUCCUAUAUGUAAGAGCAACUCACAGAUAUUCAAGAGCAUUAUUCUAUGUUUACUUAGAGUAGAAGUAGAUUAUAUGAAAUAUAUAUCCAUAUAUCCUCUUAUUUUUUUGUAAAAUUACAAAGGAGAAAAUGUUUACUGAGUAGACUAGUGAAAAAAAAACAUAAUUCUGCUGUCUUGUGUAAUUGUGAAGGUGAAGGAGAAACUAGAAUCCGAUUGCACUGAGGACUCUACUUUUUUCACACAUGUAUAUAUAUUAAUCACACCAACCGCAGGCUACGGAAAUGCUGGAAGCUGGUUAACAUUAAGAGCACUGCCCUAACUGUGCUUUUUCACGUAAGCUCACUUUUGCCUAGUGUAUGUAUUGGAGAAAUUUAUUAACAGUAUAAGUUAACGUAUGAGUAGAUCUAGUAGAGCCCUUACUGAAAAAUCACACAUUUCACAGGUGAUCAUAAGGGUUUUUUCACAUGUGAUUAUGUGAGUAAUGUGUGAUCAUGUUUUCAUCAUUUCACUCUGAAAUUUACUUGAAUUCAAGUAAACCCAUGUGACAACACGUAAAUAAUAAUAUGAUUUUACCUGUGAAAAUAAAACCACAUUCUCUACAUGUGAAAAAUUAAUAUGAAUGAGUCAUGUGAGAAAAUCACAUGAAAAUAAAUUGAUCAUGUGUUUAAAAAAAUACAUGUGAAAAUAAAUAAAUUGUGUAAAAGAAAAUCACAUGAAAUAAAUGAACCUUGUGAAAAAAAAUCAUAUGUGAAAAUAAAUGAAUUGUGAAAAAAUUCACCUGUGAAAAUAACCAAAUUUUUUUGGCAAUAUUGAGAAAAAAAACCACAUAUGAAAAUAACCUUCCUGUGAAAAAUUAAUCAUGAUAAAAACACAUGCAGAACAGAUCAUACGUGAAAAUAUAUUAAUCCUGUGAAAAAAAUUUGAUGUGAAAAUACAUGAUUUAUGAAAAAAGAUGAAAAUGAUUCAUUCAUGAAAAAUAAUGUGUGAAAAUAAAUGAAUCACGAAAAUAAUCAAUUGUGAAAAUAAUUUAAUCAUGAAAAAAAUCACAUGUGCAAAAAAAAAAAAUCAUAUGAAAACAAUUUAACUCUUGUGGGGGGGAAAUCAAAUGUGAAAAAAUUAAAUGUGUGGGUGAAAAAAAUCAUAUGAAAUUAAGAGAAUUGCGAAAAAAAUCUAAAGUGAACAUCGAUCAACCAUGUGAGGAAAUCAAAUGUGAAAAAUGAAUCAUAAAAAAAUCAUAUGUGAAAAAAUUUAGCAUGAAAAGCUUACAUGUAAAAUAGAAUCACCAUGUGAAAAAAAACUCGCGUGAAAAUAAAUUAAUCUUUUUGGAAAAAACUGCAUGUGAAAAUAGAAAACAAUUUGUAAAAUGUGUAAAAUGUGUGAAACAUAAUGUGAAAUUCUUGUGACUUUUCUGUAAGGGUGGGAAAUCUCUCCGUGGUGGUUUUACAGGGUUUCUGGCACUUUGGUCACAUUAACUUACAGGCGAUUUCUUUGUGAAACAGCACUAACAGUACACUAACAGACUACCUAUCAUAAGAGUACAGUGUACAGUUAGAAUAAUAGGAGAAACUUGGACACCAUUUCAGAUGUAACUUUCUAAAGGAAUUUUUAUCACCUUCCCUGAAGAUUUCUUUAGUAUGUUUGCUUGAUUUAUUUAUUUUUCCUAUUUAUUUAAACUAUAUUUAAACUAUCUAAGCUAAUUUAAGCUAUCUAAUAGCAACGACCUGAUUUACAUAGCUAGACUGAGGAGUUAAGUACUGUUGCGUCGUAGCUUGCCAAUUCUUACCUAAAACUUCAACAUUUUGUAAAUUCGCACUCUUGAAUUGGUGCAUUGUGCAUGGUGGGGUUUUUUUCCCUUUUUUUUUACGUGGUUUCUUACAUAGUAAUAAAACACACUUUAUUUCAGGUCUAAAACCAAAUCACCACUUAUAAAGUAAAAUAAUAAAAAUUUUGGUAACACUUUCUAUCAAGCCCGUAUUCGUAAAUCUUUACAACGGCUUCUUUGUAUGUUGAUAAUGAUUCUCGUAAUACUUUAAUAAUCCCUCAUAAAGGCCUAAUAAUGUGCUAUAAAUAAUUCCUUGAUAAUCAUGCUGUAAUGCAAGUGUCACUAUUUGUUAUAAUGCAAUGUGUUGUAGUGCACAACCUUUAUAACUAAUAAUAACAUGAAUACUUAUAAAACAACUACAAUAUUUAUUAAUCUUACACACUUUAUAAAGUUAUAAAGUUUUAAAAUACUAAUUCUAGGUAAGUUGUAAAACACUAUUAACCAUACUUUUCUAAUGUAAUUUGGAAAGUGUUACCAAAUUUGGGUAUGGAAUAUUUGGAAAUAAUUUCAAUUCACAGUGAUGUUAAGGGCUCUCCAAUAUCAUUUCAUGCUUAGAAAUUGCAUCUGUUAUUUACUAGGACUGUACUUACAGGGCUAGACAGAGGUUAAGAGUAGUUCUGGACUAACACUGAAAAAAAAAACAUGUAGAUGUAAUUUAGUCCAACACUAGGGUUAAUCUGUGUCUGAUUUUUAACCUGUUGUUGAAAAUCUUUUAUUUAACGAAAUGCUUCGUUCUGUAACAACAAAGUAGAACAAAUGUUAGCACUGUGAUGUGACAGUCAAAUAUUAUUUCAGAUCUCUUUUGGUGCAUGUUAGAGAUGGUUUCAUUGUCCUGUUAGCUUUUUAUAUUACCGUUUUUUUUUUCCCCCACUAUUUUCCCCCAUGCUUGUCUUGUGCUGUGAAGAUGCCUUUAGGGAACAGAGCGUUCUAAAUAUAUACAGAAACUUACAGCUUGAAUCUCAGCUCAUGCUAAUUAUGCAACGUUGACUUGUAGCCUUCUUGUGACAAGAGCGUGAUGUUUUCUACUGGUAGUCCAGCAAGGUCAAUAAAGAGACCGUUUAAUUAGAGUUACUUUAAUUAAACUGCAGGUUUUUUCUGAAGGUGCUAUAAACUUAUGCAUGAUUGUUGUGGAAAAUGUGAGAAUAUCAUUUAAAACAGCAAAUUUAUAGGGAGUAGGCUAGAGAUAGUCAUUGGCAGAGGAAGAUGUAGCCUCACAAAUGUACAGUGUAGAAAAGUGGUGUGUGGCUCAGGAGUCACAAAUACUUACAAAUGCAAUAAUGAGUAUAAUAAAGACCCAUGGCUUCCUCUUAGAGGAUAGAUUUUUCAGCAAGAUCUGAUUUGGAUCAUCAAUUUGGAGUCACUGUAACUUUAUUUGUGUGGGUUAGAACCUUAACACUAGACUCUGCAGUUCUCUACAUCAAUUUAAUCUGUUAGAAAUGGUCCACUGCCCCUAAAAAUGCAUUUUAUUAAAAAUCUUAUAUUAUCUCUUGUUCUAAUUAGGAAAAUUAUUACUAAGUUUUUUGAAUGGUCAUGAACCACUGUGCUCAAAUUUUGGAUUAAUAAUUAAUUUGUUAUUUAAUUUACAAAAAAAAAACACAACUUUAAUUAUCUGUUUGAACCUUGGGUUGGUGUUUACAGCAGAAUUCUACCAGGCCCUGUUUAAUCCGCAGCUUACUAAGUGUAAUCUAGCUUUUAGUUUCAUACACACACACACACACACACACACACACACUAUGAAUUCUUAAAAAAAAAAAGACCUCACCCAGCAAAAAAAAAGGCAGAAAGAGAGUUUGCAUUUCUAUACAACUGGCAUUUGUGUUCUAUUCUUAGAAGAGUAGUGAUACGUUUUGUAUAGUAGUCCAAUGCAGACAUGAUUUAGGUUCGAUGUUAUAAGUGUUUUAUGUUCUGUGUUACAAUUCUCUAUCCUUUGAGUGAGGACUCACUAAUUGUGUGUGAGUGCAUAUGUGAGAAAAAAGGAUAAAGACAGAAAGGGCAUGAAAAGGUGUGUGUGUGUGUGUGUGUGUGUGUUUGAGUUGUCCUUCUAUAAUAAAUAAGAAAAGCUAGGCAGUGGUGUUUAAUUUUUGUAAAUAAACCUAUUAUAGAGUUAUAUCCUAGUGUAGCUGUUUUAUUUCCAUGUCCAUGCAAGUCUAAUAUUUUAAAGAAAAUACAGAAAAGUAUUCUCUGUUGUGUUCGAUGAUAAUAUAUUUUAAAAGAAAUAUCUGAGAAAUAUUUUACCUUGUCAAAUGCUUCUCUAUUAUAUGGCUGAUGGUUUCUCUGGACCAUUUUAUAGAGUUGUCUGCACAAAUGCAAUAAAUUGUCGUUUUAUUACACA